AUGCGGAAGGAUGCAAAGAUACCCAUUAAUCAGUCUCUUCACUGCACUCGGGAGGGUUAUCGAGAAUCUCGUGUUAAGGCAGCAACUAGGUCAAAUAGAAUAACAGCCACGAGAUGCAAAGCAAGAAUGUAUGUCAUGCUGGACAGGGAGAAGGAAUGUUGGGUUGUGUCCAAGGUAGAAUUGAGGCAUUCUCACCCCUGUUCGGCUGAUAAAGCUGUCCACUAUCAUGAGUACCGGGAGCUGACCAUGCAUGCCAAGUGCGUCAUUACGGAUAACGAUGAGGCUGGCAUAAGACCCAACAAGACGUAUCUAGCACUUACAAACGAAGUUGGUGGGUCUUCAAACCUGAGUUUCUCAGAAAAUGAUGUCAGAAAUUACAUUACAAGCAAUCUCCGAUGCUCCGAUGACAAUGCGGACUUCAAUGGGAUGAUGAAUUAUUUCGUUCGAAUGAAGGAAAUCAAUCCCAACUUCUUUUAUGCCAUAGAUGUUGACGAUGCUAAUAAAUUUAGGAACGCACUCUGGGUAGAUGCAAGGUGCAGGGCUUCGUAUGAAUAUUACGGAGAUGUGGUGUCGUUCAAUACCACGUACAGGAGAAACAGGCAUGGUCUACCGUUUGCUUCUUUUGUCGGUGUAAACCACCAUGGGAAGUCAACCCUUCUUGGCUGUGCUUUACUUGGCAAUGAGGAGAUCCCUAGUUUUGAGUGGGUGUUCACACAGUGGGUGAGAUGCAUUGGGACUGCGCCAAAGGGUAUCAUUACUGACCAGUGCAAGGUGAUGGCUGGUGCUAUAAGGAAAGUCCUACCUGAUACUGUCCACAGAUGGUGCAUUUGA